AUGUUUUAUGAUGUGACGUUCCACGUCGAGGUCACUUUCCCGAUCCUUGAUCCUUGGGCCGAUCGCGAUACAGCCACAGUCCUACACCUGCUGACCGAACUCUCUCAUUCUGCCAGUGUCCUUCCACCUCCACCACCUCGCUACACCAUCCCUGUCGCUUACGCGGCGGGGGCGGCGAACGGCAUGGCGGUCCCUGUGGUCGAAACGAAUAACACCAUUUCCCACCCGGAGGGUGGAUGUCCAUUACAAGUCGGAGAAGGAACCUAUACGCUCAAAGAUGACCUUCUCCUGGCAACACCACCUCCUCACCCCUCCGAAGCACCCAUCGUCAACCCCAAUCCUCUCGCUACUGUUCCAACACCACCCACGGCUGGUGUGAAGCUUUCCCUUGUCAGCCUUGACCCUCGCAAGAAGCCGCCGACCUUCCUGAAGACGGCUGUUACGGCACCGCCAUUUGGUGAUGGAAACCCCGCACUUGCGGCACCGGCACCACCGGCGAAGGAUGCGCUCAAACGACGGAAGCCGAAGAACAAUAUCAUCAAGAGUAGUUCCUCGUUCGUUUCAAGAGUGAUCACACACGAAACCUCAGCAAAGCGCUUGAGCGACCGGGACCCGAAUGGAAUCUUUGCAUUUGCGAACAUCAAUAGAGCAUUCCAAUGGCUUGAUCUGAACUCAGCGCAGAAGGAGGAACAUCUUACCAAAGUACUCUUUACCAAAGCGCACAUGCUUUGCCACGACAUCAACGACCUGACGAAAACCUCUUCUCAUCUGGACAUUGUGAUGGGAUCGUCGGCGGGUGACAUCAUUUGGUACGAGCCGAUGUCGCAGAAAUACGCUCGCAUCAAUAAGAACGGCGUGAUCAACAACUCUCCUGUUACAAGUAUCAAAUGGCUUCCUGGAUCCGAGAAUCUGUUCCUCGCAUCGCACGCAAAUGGGGUCUUGGUGGUAUACGACAAGGAAAAGGAGGAUGCGCUGUUCACCCCCGAAGUCACUCACCAGCCUGAUCAUGACGCCAGCCGGUAUCCUCUGGAGGUGCUCAAGUCGGUUCAGUCAAAGAACCAAAAGACCAAUCCAGUCUCUUACUGGAAGUUGGCAAACCAGAAGAUUUCGCACUUCUCCUUUUCCCCGGACCAGAGACAUUUGGCUAUUGUCUUGGAGGACGGUUCUCUUCGUCUGAUGGAUUAUUUGAAAGAGGAGGUACUUGAUAUCUUCCGCAGCUACUACGGCGGUUUGAUCUGUGUUUGCUGGUCUCCCGACGGGAAGUACAUUGUUACUGGUGGCCAAGACGACCUUGUCACGAUCUGGUCUUUUCCAGAGCGCAAGAUUAUUGCUCGUUGCCAGGGUCACAAUUCCUGGGUUUCCGCGGUCGCUUUCGAUCCGUGGCGUUGCGAUCAGAAAACCUAUCGAUUCGGCAGUGUUGGCGACGACUGCAGGCUUCUCCUGUGGGAUUUCAGUGUCGGCAUGCUUCAUCGACCCCGGACACAUCAAACCACUGCUCGUCACCGGACCAGCCUUGUUAUGCCAAGCACGCAGACCUCGAAUCGCCACCGAGCUGACAGUGGCGGUAACCGCGUGCGAUCAGACUCGGAAAGAACUGAGAAGUUGGAUGGAGACCUUGACCCAAUGGCGAGUCAUCCUGUUGAGCCUCGAGCGCGGACUGCUUUACUGCCCCCUAUUAUGUCCAAAAUUGUCGGCGAAGACCCAAUCUGCUGGCUCGGGUUCCAGAAGGACUGCAUUUUGACAUCCUCGCUCGAAGGUCACAUUCGCACCUGGGAUCGACCAAACGACAGCGUUGUUAGCCAUGAUCCUCGCCUUUAA